AUGCUUCGCGUGUUGCUUAGUGGGCCGGCAGGCAGUGGGAAGAACACCAUAGCGAAGAUGUUGUUGAAAGAAUUUGAUCAGUUUGGAUAUUUUUCUGCUGGUGACGUCAUCAGAGAUCAUAUUCAGCGAGGCACAGAAUUCGGUCAACGAGUUGCAUCAUUUGUACGCAAAGGUGAACUUAUCCCGGAUAGCAUAGUUAAUGGUAUUCUACUCGAAGAGAUACGUCACUCUGGAAACAAACUGAUCUUGAACGGUACGUAUAGGCAACUCGAUUUGCUUUUUUUUUGCUCUGAAAGUCCUAACUUGUUGGUUGUGGGACAGCCGAUGGGCUAA